UCCUGUCCGCUCCUCACGUUAUACUGCAGCCAAUUCCUGAAAUUCCAGCCUUCCUUGCGCGCUUCCAGUCACUCAGGCAGAUUUUACCCCCAAAACACUUCAUUUUCCCUACCGUUCCUUCAGACAGGAUUGAGCACUUGCCCCAUCUCAGACCUGGAAACCCCCGUCAUUUACCCGCUACGGCCGUUUCCAGAGCCUCAACCGGCCCAUCUGUAUCCGCUAGGACGUUUUGCUCUCUCCCACCACCACCCUGUCGUCCGAGUGGGUAUCAGCGUCCUCUCCGGGGGGGGGCGCUAGCGAGGAGCUGAGCGAGGGAUUGGACAAGCCUCUGGAGAACGAUGCGGAGGGCGUGUGGAGUCCAGACAUCGAGCAGAGCUUUCAGGAGGCGCUGGCUAUCUAUCCGCCCUGCGGCCGACGCAAGAUCAUUCUCUCCGAUGAGGGCAAGAUGUACGGACGGAAUGAGCUGAUUGCACGAUACAUCAAGCUUCGAACGGGAAAGACACGGACCAGGAAGCAGGUCUCCAGUCACAUUCAGGUGUUGGCGCGACGGAAAGCUCGGGAAAUUCAGGUGAAACUCAAGGACCAGGCGGCCAAAGACAAAGCCAUGCAGAGUAUGUCCACCAUGUCGUCGGCUCAGAUCAUCUCAGCCACGGCCUUUCAGAAUAAGAUGGCUCUGCAGGGCCUCUCGCGACCGGCCUACCCGACCGCGGCUGGGUUUUGGCAUGGAGCUCUCGCAGGACAAACCGCAGGUCCUGAAGACAUCAAGCCGUUUUCUCAACAAAACUUCGUCAUGCAGGCCGCCGGCCCUCCGCCUAUAGCAGGUUACGAAAGUGCUACGGGUCUGUCGAUGUCCUCCAGCGCUCCACCCUGGCAGGGCCGCAGCAUCGCCAGCUCCAAACUACGCAUGCUGGAGUUCUCCGCUUUCCUGGAGCAACCUCAAGAUCCAGAGACUGUCAACAAACACCUGUUUGUACACAUCGGUCAGUCCAACCCCACGUAUAGCGACCCGUACCUCGAGGCUGUAGAUAUACGGCAAAUUUACGACAAAUUCCCAGAGAAGAAAGGAGGGCUGAAGGAGCUGUUUGAGAAAGGACCAGCGAACGCUUUCUUCCUCGUAAAGUUCUGGGCAGAUCUGAGCAUCAACCUCCAGGACGACAGCAGCUUCUUCUACGGCGUAUCCAGUCAGUAUGAGAGCUCGGAAAAUAUGAUCAUCACCUCCUCCACUAAAGUCUGCUCAUUUGGGAAACAGGUGGUGGAAAAGGUGGAGACGGAGUAUGCACGCUUCGAGAACGGCAGAUACGUCUUCAGGAUCCAUCGAUCACCGCUGUGUGAAUACAUGAUCAACUUCAUCCAUAAACUCAAACAUCUACCAGAGAAAUACAUGAUGAACAGCGUACUUGAAAACUUCACCAUUCUGCAGGUGGUGACCAACAGAGACACUCUGGAAACCUUGCUAUGCAUCGCGUACGUGUUUGAAGUGUCCACCAGCGAGCACGGAGCCCAGCAUCACAUCUACAGACUAGUCAAAGACUGAGAUGGAGCGCUCCACGGGUCACUGAUGUACACUACAGACGCCACAGCGCCCCCUCCUGGACGCAGCCCACACUCCUGCGCUUCUUCUGCACGGGUCGCGCGGACACGCCGGGCGAAU